AAAAGAUCUCGCGCAGUGUGCAUUAGACGAGCACUCCUCUCCGCGCCACUACCGCUGCUGCUGGAGGACCGUGAAGGCGGCGCGAGGCUGACUGGAGCAGCACGCCUUGGUCACGACUCACCCGCGUGCUGAACCAUGUGAACAGCCUGUGUAGGUUUCAACAGGAACAACGACAAGGACGAAGACGACGAGCAGUGUUUUGGCCGAGCGACGUGACUGAGUUCCUGCCGAGGGUGAAGGCACGGACCUAAGAGGCACCAUGGCAGGGCCCCGAGGCAUGCAGAGAGUCUUCCUGGCGGCGGCGGCGGCGUGCGUGAUGGCAGCAGGGGGCGCGACGGGGUGGGGAUCUUGGAAGGACAGGACAGCGCCAAUCCCGUCUAAGUGCUUCCUCCCGCCUGAAACAGGACUUUGCCGUGGUUUCUUCCCGUCCUACUUCUACAACCCUGAGAUCGGCAAUUGCGACUGCUUCGUGUACGGGGGCUGUGGCGGCAACAACAACAACUUCCUCACCAGGGAAGAUUGUGCCAAAGAGUGCAGAGUGCAACACACCAUCAUCACGCCCAAGUGCAGGGACCUUUUCGACGAGCAGGAUUUCGUUCCCCAGUCAUCGCCACCUGAUCAGCGCCCGCUACACCACCCUCCACACCACCCGCCACACCACCCACCCCAGCAUCCGUCACACCCACCUCAAGCUACACAACACCCGCCACUCGCCACCCAGCACCCGCCCCUCGCUACCCAGCACCCGCCCCUGGCCACCCAGCACCCGCCCCUUGCCACACAGCACCCACCCCUCGCCACCCAGCACCCGCCCCUCGCCACCCAGCACCCUCCACAGGCCACACAGCACCCGCCCCUCGCCACACAUCCAUGGCAGGCCACAGCAGUGAUCAGCGGUCCCACACCACACACAGUCCAGCCUGUCUAUUCAUUUCCAGGAAAAUAUUGACCUCGAACCAUGAUAAUCUCCUCAACUAAAUCAUUCACCAAUGUUCUGAAGCUUCUUGUUCUCCUGUAGAGUUGAAAUAAAAUGUAAUUGGAUUGGACGUUUA